AUGAACAAGGCGCUGAGUCAAGUUUCUAAAUCACCCUUCACACGAAACAUAGAAGGUGCAAGUCUUCCUCGGCGAUUCCAUCAACCCACGUUCACCAUUUAUAAUGGUCGAACAAAUCCAGUAGAACAUGUCAGCCAUUUCAAUCAAAGGAUGGUCGUUCACUCCAAAGAUGAGGCUUUGAUGUGUAAGGUCUUUCCAUCUAACUUGGGCCCAGUGGCAAUGAGGUGGUUCAACGGUUUAAAAGCGAACUCUAUUGACUCCUUUAAAAAACUCACCCGGGCCUUUAGUGCUCGCUUUAUUACUUGUAGCAGGGUUCCUCGGCCUUUGGGAUCCAUAUUAUCUAUGUCCAUGCUGGAGGGUGAGACUCUGAAAGCUUACUUAGAUAGAUACUGGGAGAUGUUUAACGAAAUAGAAGGAGAGUACGAUGAUGUGGCCAUUAGCACUUUUAAGGCUAGUCUUCCAGCCGAGCAUGAUUUGAGGAAAUCUCUAAUUGGUAAACCUGUUACUAGUGUACGUCAACUGAUGGAUCGGAUUGACAAGUACAGAAGGGUAGAAGAAGACCAACUGCAGGAGAAAGGAAAAGCUAAGGUGAUCCCUCAGGAGAGAAGGGAUUUCAAGUCGGACCGGUACAAUAAUAACCGACUUCGGAAAGACUUUGUUGAGCAGCCAGGAUCUGCCAAAAUCCAGGUGGUUAAUGCUGUGUUUCGAGAGCCAGUGCAGCAGGUGCUGGAGAAGAUUAAGAAUAAGCCGUUCUUUAAAUGGCCAAACAAGAUGGCAGGAGAUCCUAUGAAAUGCAACCAGAACCUUUAUUGCCAAUAUUAUCAAGACCAUGGGCAUACCACCGAAGAUUGUUGA